UAAUAGAAAGGUCCAAAUAAACUUGUCAAAUGUUGUGUAUUAAUUAAUGAAUAUAAUUUCAUGCGGUCAUUAAUUAAUAAACAAAUUGCAAGGACUGAAGGGUUCAUAUGUAAUUAAAAUGUACAUUUUAAUGUUGUCACGUUUUUGAUGUCAUCACCAAAGUUAGGACAUAACGUUUUAUUUCAAUUUCUUGUGGAUUUUAGCAUCUUUUGACCAAACAGUUUGAACGGGAAAGAGAGCAUAGAACAGUUGGAAUGUUUUUUGUUUUCUUCACCUUUAUCUGUGUUGUCAGUGUGUUUGCUUUGGUACCAAUUCCACUGGAACCCCAAACACCAUGUUUUACACAUUUUGGAGAGUGUCUUAGAUAUUGUCCAGGGGAGAGAAUUCCAGACUUAGAGGGCAUAGAGAGCUCCUGUAUUACAAACACAGCAGGUUACCAGUUCUGUAAAUUUUAUCAUUGUCCGCCAGCAAAAUGUAGAGGAAAAAAGAAGGAUUUGUACGGGAAAUGUUAUUACUGCCCGGGUAGCUGUAUCGAUGGUGGUAAGAAACAUCAUAAUGGAGAAGCUUUUCUCAGUUUUGAUUUGGUUAAUAAUUGUUUUUGUGGACAGGAUAACUCCGCACACUGCACUAAACAUCCAGUUGACCAGUAUGCCUACUGUAAUCACGCGAGACCUGGUAGUGAUGGCGACAAUACAAUUGUAGUGGUAGCAAAUCCCCGACCACCACCACCUGCUAAAGUCGUUGCUAUUAUAGCUCCACCACAACAGCAACAGGCCCCCGCGGUAGUUGCUGUUGUACCAGCACCUACGCAACCACCGCCUCCAAGACAAAUAGCUUUUGUACCAGAACCCACGCAACCUCCGCCUCCAAGACAAAUGGCAUAUGUACCGCCUCCCACCCGACCAGCAACUCCACCUCAAAUGGCAUACGUACCAGCACCCACCCGACCAGCAACUCCUCCACAAACGGCAUACGUACCGGCACCAACAAGACCACCAACACCGCAACAAAUGGCAUAUGUACCACCUCCCACCCGGCCACCAACUCCACCUCAAAUGGCAUACGUACCGGCACCAACCAGACUACCAACUCCACCACAAAUGGCAUAUGUACCACCUCCAACACAGCAAUACGUUCCUCCUGGUGUUGCCAUAGUACCAGUGCCUAAAAAUCAGGAAUCGACAGCUUAUAUUCAGCAACCUCCACCAUCUCCACAACAUCAACACCAAGAAAUGGUGGCACACCCUAAUUUCUCAGCAAAAAGUCCAAAAUCUAAUUUGCAGCAACGUUCCAACAACAAUCCAAACUUGUACAGACAUAAUCAGUAUUACAAAGGUUUUCAUAAUCCAUAUGUUCAAAGUUAUCAUGGCAGUCCUUAUUUUGGACAACAGAUGUGGGGAUUCAAUCGUCAUGCAAAUUUCGAUGCGUAGCUGUCAGUCUUUCUUACAUAUGCAAUAACUGAUUUCUCCUACCAUCAAACAACUUGAACUU